AUGGUUAAUGAUAAUACUAUGAAGGAAAUCGUUGAUGCUGAUCCAAACAUCAUUCAAUUUCAAACAAACAAACCUCACUAUGGGGGUUUAUUUUAUGCGAUAAUUAAUGAUGGUACCUUAAGAUCUUUUGAUCUUAGAAGCCCUUGCGUCGACUCAACAGUAAGAGAACUUGCUCGUGAGAUUCCAUUGCUGCAUUUGGGAUUGAAGAGAUACCUGGUGGAAUCAUAUGGACAUAUUAUAUUGGUUGAAAGGUUUUUUCGUUGGGAUAUUAAAGAUGAAAUUCGUCGAACUUGGAGGUAUUGCAUGGAGUCAAACAAUUGGAUUCAUAUGAAAAGUCUUGGUGAAAUGGCUUUGUUCGUUGGUGAUAACUCUUCAGUAUCGGUUUUGGCUACUAGAUUUAAUGGGAUUCAACCAAAUUGUAUAUAUUUUACCCAUGAUGAGGAUGUGAUUUGUGGUUCAUCAAUUCCUAUGAUUUUCGAUGUAGGACUAUAUGAUCUAGAAAAUGAUGAAUUUAAGUUACACUCAGCUACACUCAACAAAAUGAAUCGUCGCCCGCCUAUUUGGCUUCUACCCACGCUUUAG